UUUCUCAGGAUCCACAUAAGAGUGAAAACAUAUGGUAUCUGUAGUAAAGGUUUUUCUAAAUGAAGUAUUACCUAAUCACUACGGGGAUACGUUUGUCUUGAUUUCGGUAGGUCUAUGUUGGGUGCACUGUUAACCUGACAUGCAGAUAUACUAAAUAUGAUACAUUCUUUCUACUGUUGUUUGGCUUCCUAGACAGUCAUACUUGCUACGUUCAGUGUGACCAUGGCCAAUUUGACCUCCAUGAGUGGAUUCCUCCUCAUGGGGUUUUCUGAAAACCGAAAGCUUCAGAUUUUAUAUGCAUUGCUGUUUUUGGUGACAUACCUGAUGGCCUUGACAGGAAACCUCCUCAUCAUCACCGUGACCACCUUGGACCAUCGCCUUCAGUCCCCCAUGUAUUACUUUUUGAAGCACCUCUCUGUCCUGGACCUCUGUUUCAUCUCUGUCACAGUGCCUCAGUCCAUUGCAAAUUCACUUAUGAACAGCGGUUACAUUUCACUUGGUCAGUGCAUCCUUCAGGUUUUCUUCUUCAUAGCUCUGGCCUCAUCAGAAGUGGCCAUCCUCACUGUGAUGUCUUAUGACCGGUAUGUCGCCAUCUGUCGGCCCCUGCAGUAUGAGACCAUUAUGGACCCCUGCACUUGUAGGCACGCCGUGGCAGCUGUGUGGCUUGCUGGGGGCUUCUCUGGGCUCAUGCAUACUGCUGUGAACUUCUCCAUACCUCUCUGUGGGGAGAGAGUCAUUUACCAGUUCUUCUGUGACAUUCCUCAGAUGCUGAAACUAGCUUGUUCUCAUGAAUUCGUCAAUGAGAUUGCAGUGGCUGCCUUCACAACUUCAGCAGCAUUCAUCUGCCUGGUGUCCAUUGUGCUCUCCUAUGUCCACAUCUUCUCUGCCGUGCUGAGGAUCCCAUCAGCAGAGGGCCGGACCAAGGUCUUCGCCACCUGCCUACCACACCUGUUUGUAGUCACCUUCUUCCUCUCCACAGCAGGUUUUGAGUUUCUGCGGCCCCCUUCUGACUCCCAAUCAGCUAUGGACCUCAUGUUUUCCAUAUUCUACACGGUGAUACCACCCACACUCAAUCCGGUUAUCUACAGUUUACGCAAUGAAGCCAUGAAGGCCGCUCUGAGGAAGGUGCUGUCAAAAGGAGAAUUUUCCCCGAGAAAGAUGUAUUUAAAAGCCAUUUUUAAAUUCUAAAGAACCAUACAAAUAAAAGUUAUUGUCAUUAGGUUUCAGAUUGUAAAAGGGUAGGUCUGAUUUCCACCCUUCCAAUGUUUCUAUUCUUCAUAUUCUGCUCA